ACUUCUCACUCCAAUUUUCCCUUUCCGGCCGUCAUUCAACACAUCAUUUUCUGCCCUUUACAUGCGAACUGACUGCGGCGACCCGAUAGACCUCGGCGUGUGUCAUGGGCGGCAGGCGCAGCGAGAUACCAUUUAUCGAGCGCAAGCUACCCUAGGCCCCCAGACGUGUCGACGAGCUUGGCGCGCUCGCAGCUCUCCACCCCCUCCGAGGACAUGCCCAUGGACGUCGCAAAACCGCAGGAUCCUGAGGCCAUAGUGAUCGAAGCAUGGGCCCAAGGCUACAUGAUUGGAUCUUUGAUCAUUAUGGCAUGCGUCGCGUUCAGUAAUAUGAGAUCAAGAGUCUUAUUGCACAAAUUGAUUGUAAUUGAGUUGCUUCUGGGCACCUUCCAUGGCACAUUUAUCUUUACAAAUCCUCCCGUAUACAACUGGUAUCUCAGCACUACUGCGAUACUUCUCAAUGUCAGCUGGUCUCUGCACAAUGUCAUCGCCUGGAUGAAAAACAAACCUUUCCUCAGCAGAAGAGGCAGUAUGUUCUACAUCGGCACCGUCAUUCUGGUCCAACCCUAUUGGGUGCUAGAAAUCACGGCCAACUUCCUCUACUUCAGCGGACAGAGUAAUCUAUUCCAAAAGACUCGACCCUACGAGGCCCUAUGUCGGGAUCCAUGGUGGAUCUUCACAGCUUGCAGUCUCUUCUACAACAUCAAGUCUCGCUAUGACUUUGGCUACAUCGAGCUUAUCCGAGUCUCUCCACGCUUCGGAGUCCUUCUGGCGGCCAUGUUGACCAGCAUCGGCUUCCUCAUUGUGGAUAUACUGGCCGUCACUCAUGCAAUCCCAUCUUCCGGUCUACCCGACGGCAUCAAUCCAUUCUGGAAAUUGGCUUUCGUCUUCCGAUGUCUAACCGACAUGAUCAUCUUGGACGACUUCAAAACAGCGCUGGAUCGCUUGAGCGCCAUCAAAAUGGAGAGAAUGGGCAGUGUGCUCAGUGAUGGCAUUCGAGGCGACUUCACAGAUGUCGAACAGGCGCGGAGGAAAAAACUUGAGCAACUUCAGGUGAACCCUUCUGGCAGACCGCAUGACUCAGUAGUACGUGAUUACGGAAAGUCACAAGACAGCGAGCAUAUUGAUCUGGAAGCCGCAUUGGAGAUGGAUCGACACGAUAGCGGUAAUCACCAUAAUAAUCAGAGCGAAGAGCUUGACUUCAUCACUGCGCUGAACAUGGAAGCCCCAAGCGACCAGUCAGCGUCAAGGUCAAGUCGCGGUGGACUUGGAUGAUGACGACCCAAAGAAUGCCGCGGGCAGGCAGAUAUCAAGAGAUGGCUGUUGAGCGGCUAUCUGAUGAGAGCACGACCGGUCGCUGAAUCUCAAGACAGGAUGGUGUCAGUGCCAUCACAUUCUGGGUUGCAAAAUGCAGCAGCCCGAGAAGCUCGGACAGCGACAUGCCUUCGCUGCGCUGUGGAUGCGUAGCUUCAAGACAGGCUAUAGCUGACGGCCUGUUGCACGAGGUCAAGGCCAUUCGCAGUGUUAGCAGGCAAUGCAACUGCUUGGAAGAGCUAUCCGUCUCGAAAGGGUACGAGCAGGAGCAGGAGCACGUCAGAUGCCAGACACGGGUGGUGAUAGCAGAAAUUCAGCUCUAAGAUGGUGUAAGAACAUCGGAAAGGUAUAACAGGCCUGAUAGCAUAGUCGUGAUAGUCGAACAAAAAGCGUAACAAUUGCUCAAGUGAAAGCGCAACCAUUGACUUGCAACGCGAGUCAUGCGUCAACAGCGA